GACGUCACACCGCGAGAUCUCGAUAUGGCAUUUGUUUCAAGAGCCGGGGCCAGCUAUUUUAUGACAAAGGUCGCAGCGCUGACUGACUUUCCGAAACGCCGACAUCUUAUGCAACAUGUCUCGUUGUUAGCUCCAUAGCGCAGGGAUUUUAGCCGAUUCGCCGAAGCAAAGCAUUGGCACCUUCAGGCUCUGAACCUAUAUCACACCGACUUCGUCAGCUUUCAUCCUGAGAUUCCCCAGGCGUCCUUUCCAGCACAUUCCCUCCAGGAACGCACCGGCUCGCACAAUCGCAAAAAUGGCCAACGCCCGUCUAAUAGACGCUGAUGAUCGCAAGCGCAAAAUACCCAUGCGCGUUCUUGUCCUGGGCAUGUGCCGUACGGGAACCUCCUCCAUCGCCGAAGCCCUCACCAAGCUGGGCUACAACCCGCACCACAUGACCAGCGUCAUGGCAGACCGAUCGCAAAUCCCUCUCUGGCAUGAAGCCGCCAAUGUCACCUUCUUGCCUGAUUCUGAGCGGCCAACCCACCUGCGCGGCCUUCCGCCUUACGGACGCGCAGAGUUUGACAAGCUGCUGGGCGACUACGACGCCGUUACGGAUCUCCCGUCCGCGCUGUUCUGGAAGCAGCUCAUCGAGGCCUACCCGGACGCCAAGGUUGUUCUUACGAAUCGCAAGUACGAAGACUGGGAGCGUAGCAUGAACACGUCUAUCUGGAUGAUGCUGCAGUGGAAGCUCACUACCUUCAUCCGUACCUUCAAUCUCACCCCAAUGGCGCCCAUGGUGCGCAUGGUGCAUACGUUCUUCAAGGUGCACAACGGUAACCACUACAAGCCGCCUGAAUCUAAAGCCGCGUACGAACGCCACUACGACAAUAUCCGCAAUUUCGUCCCGAAAGAGAGACUGCUGGAGUUCGGACCGCAGUUUACCUGGGAGCCGCUGUGCGAGUUUCUGGAGCACAAAGUGCCGGAGGAGCCGUAUCCGAGGCUGAACGACAGUAAGAUGAUGCGGGUGAGGCUGGAUGACGGGUAUAAGAUGAUGAGCAUGUUCGUCUUGCUGAAGGUGGUGCUGCCUGGGGCGGCGGUGGCGGGGCUGGCGGCCGCUUCGUAUCUCUGUAGGGACAGUAUUUGGGACUAUGUGAUGAAGUUCCGCCGCGGUUGAGGGCGAUGCACAGUCUUCAUUCGACACCGAUGGUUGCUGUCUCACGUGUCAAGACGUAGCCGGGGAGCAUUGCGGGAUUGGGUAUUGACGAUUGUGGCAGGUAGAAAGGAAGAAUCGGAUAGCAUCAACGGCACGGACGAUGUAUAUGACAAGUACUCGCUCCCCUUCCUUUCCAUCCAUCGUGUCCGCCCGUGUCUUUCCGCCACUUCCUUGCAUACAACACCAUCAAUUCACCUCU